UGGUACUACUAUCAUCUGAACGACAGCUGUCAGAUACUUAAUACUGCGAUAGAAAAUGGAAACCAUGUGCAUAAUUCUAUAAAAUAAAGUAUUUUACAUCGAGUAUUAUUUCAUUACAAAUACUUACGUCCUUUAAGUACAAAGGACUUGACAUUUGGCGACGAGGAUAAUGGAUACAAAUAUUACAGACACUACAUCAACUACAGCCGGUACAAACACGAGUUCCUCGACUACAACUGCGAUAGUUGCACCUGCUACAGCUCCAGUAAUGUCUACACAAGUUUCUACAUUCCAGUUUUCCGUUGAACCUUUUAACCAGACAGCUACAAAAUGGUCCAGGUGGGUAAAACGGCUGGAAGGAGCAUACAAAGUUUUUAAAAUUCCAGAGGAAAUGAAAUUGCCCUAUUUACUACAUUACAUGGGGUCGGAAGCAUACGAUACACUGUGUGAUAAACUAGCUCCAGAGGUCCCUGAAGACAAGUCAUAUGAGGAUACAGUUAAGUUAAUGGAUAAUUUUUACAACCCUGCACCACUUGAAAUUGCUGAAAUAUUUAGGUUUCAAUCAAAAAGACAAGCAGAAGGCGAAAGUAUACAAGAAUACCUACAUUCUCUACAGAAACUUGCCAUAAACUGCAACUUUUCCACAUAUUUAAAAAGUGCUAUACGAAAUCAGUUUGUUUUUGGUUUACAGUCAAAGAGGAUUCAAGCCAGACUAUUAGAAACAAAGGGAUUGGACUUGGACCGAGCCGUAGAAAUUGCAGCAAGCAUGGAAACUUCAGAAAAGGAUAGUAAUCAAUUUUCUCACAACAAUAAUUACAAUCAGGCUAGUAUAAAUGUUUUAAAUGCGAAAGCAAAAAGUUCUCAUAAAAAUACAAACACUAGUAAAUUUAAUGAUAAUAAUACAGUAAAUAAUCAUAGUAGCUCUCCUAAUAAUACUUCUACAAUGUCAAAUAACCCUAAUAGGGCUUGUUAUAGAUGCGGAGACACCUCGCAUUUAGCCGAUAAAUGUAAUAAAAAGCAUUUAAUCUGUAACUUUUGUAAAAACGUCGGACACAUUCAAAAAGUUUGUUUAAAGGCACAACAAAAUUCACACAGGCAAGUAAAUUCAGUAAACUCUGCUCAAGAGGUCUUAGAAGUAAAUGCUGGAAAUUGCAAAGAUAAAUUUUUUAUAAAUUUAAAAGUGAAUGGUAAUAUUUUAAAUUUUGAAAUUGAUUCUGGCGCUGCUGUUACAAUCAUAAAUAAAAAUAUAUUUGAAAAAUAUUUUCCUGCAUUACAAUUACAAAAAUCGGAUGUUAAAUUAACUACAUACUGCAAAAAUAAUUUGAAUGUUUUAGGUUUAGUUUCAGUGGAGGUUGAGCACCAGGAAUUAAAGCACACUCUAAAGUUGUAUGUGGUGGAUGGUGAUGGCUACUCACUGGUUGGUCGAGAGUGGAUACAUGCUCUGGAAAUCAAUUUACAUCAGAUAGACGAAAGUUCACUAUGCACAACAGAAAACACGAAAAACGCAAGUGUGAUAUUUGUGGCCGUUUAAUUAGACCCGACAACAUGAAGAAACAUGUAUUGAUGCAUACAGCAGGUCCCGUUGUUUGUUCUACUUGCGGAGUAACGUGCAAAAAUUUUGAAAGUUUAAGAGGUCAUAUCUUUCAUUACCACAAGCAUACUGCUCAUCAAUACGUUUGUGAAGAAUGUGGUAAAAGCUUUCGAAUGAAAUAUUAUUUCUUAUUGCAUAAAAGAAAGGAUCAUAUGGGUUUAAGGAACUUUAAAUGCAAUACUUGUGGAAAAGCUUUCUUUGUCAAUAAAGCUUUAUUAAACCAUGUUCGAACCA